AUGUUUGCAGACCCAGAUAUUCCUCACACUCUUCCCUGUUUACCCUCUUCCCCUUCUCUGUUGUCUCUCUCACUCUCUCUCUCCCUUGUUCUCAUUCUCUCUAGCCCUGGCUCCAUUUUUUUUACCUCUCCACCCCUCUGCUAUGUUUUUUACUCUCUCCCCCACCCCUCCACUCAGGUUUUUUCUUUCUCUCCCCUGGUUCAGUUUUCCCUCUCUCCCCCUGGUUCAGUUUUCCCUCUCUCCCCUGGUUCAGUUUUCCUCUCUCCCCCCUGGUUCAGUUUCCCCUCUCUCCCCUGUUUCAGUUUUCCUCUCUCCCCUUGUUCAGUUUUCCCUCUCUCCCCUGUUCAGUUUCCCUCUCUCUCCCUGUUCAGUUUUCCCUCUCUCCCCCCUGUUCAGUUUUCCCUCUCUCCUUGUUCAGUUUUCCCUCUCUUCCCCUCACUAUGUUUUUUGCUCUCUCUCCCCCCUUACUGUUUUUUUGCUCUCUCUCCCCCUUACUGUUUUUUGCUCUCUCUCCCUUACUGUUUUUGGCUCUCUCUCCCCCUUACUGUUUUUUUGGCUCUCUCUACCCCUUACUGUUUUUUGGCUCUCUCUCCCCCUCACUGUUUUUUGGCUCUCUCUCCCCCUCACUGUUUUUUGGCUCUCUCUCCCCCUCACUGUUUUUUGGCUCUCUCUCCCCCUCACUGUUUUUUGGCUCUCUCUCUCUCACACUCACUCUGUUUUUUGCUCUCUUUCUCCCACUCACUCUGUUUUUGCUCUCUCUCCCACUCACUCUGUUUUUUUGCUCUCUCUCUCCCACUCACUCUGUUUUUUGCUUUCUCUCUCCCACUCACACUGUUUUUUGCUCUCUCUCUCUCCCACCCACUCUGUUUUUUGCUCUCUCUCUCUCCCACCCACUCUGUUUUUUGCUCUCUCUCUCUUCCACUCACUCUGUUUUUUGCUCUCUCUCCCCAUCACACUGUUUGUCUCUCUCUGUUCUUCUCUCUGUGUGUCCCUCUCCCUCUCUCUCUCCCUGUUUUCCUCUCUCUCUCUCUACCACUAGCCCUGUUUUCCUCUUUCUCUGUCCCUCACUCUGUUUUCUUCUCUCUCCUCCUCUGCCCCUUUCUUUGUUCUUUCCCUUUUUCUGUAUUAUCCCCCCUUUCUCUCCUCUCAGUUUCUUACCUCCCUAAUUCCUAUAUCUUUUAUUUCAUUAUUUCUACUUGA